AUGCCUCCUCACGUGACGGCGAUCUCGCACCGGAUCGCAGGGUCGGGCCCGCGCGUUGCCGUCGUGGCGCCGCCUCGCCCUCGGGGGCGCGCCGCCGUGGUCGCGGGAGCUGCGGCGAAGGGCGCACAUCGGGAGCGGACGCUGGAGGGCGCGAGCGACGACCUGAGGGCCGCCGCAGCGCAGUGCCUGGACUGGGCUCCCGCGCGGCGUCGGGUGCGGGCCACCUUCGCGCCCGUGCUCCCCACCCUCGACCACUGCCUCUUCAAGAUGGCUCCCAAGGAAAUCCAGAUGGAAGAGAAUUACGAGACCAAUUCAAAGGGCGUUGAAAUAUUCUGGAAGAGCUGGCUGCCAAGAGAGGGCACUGCAACUAAGGCUGCACUUUUCUUCUGCCAUGGAUAUGGGGAUACCUGCACUUUCUUUUUUGAAGGGAUUGCUAAGAGGAUAGCUGCUGCUGGUUAUGCAGUUUAUGCUAUGGAUUAUCCUGGUUUUGGCAUGUCAUAUGGUCUCCAUGGCUAUAUUGCAAGCUUUGAUGGAAUGGUGGACCAUGUCAUUGAACAGCAUGACGGAAGUGUGUGA